AUGGCUGAUACUGACACCCAGCGGAAUAUGUCCAUUGUUCCCUAUACGUCGACUCGAGAUGUUGUUUUGCGCCACGAUGACUCUAUCGUGGUAUUUGACCAUGCUUCCCGAUCGCUCGUCCUUCGACGUGCAUCCCAAGACGCUGAUGUGGAGCUGGCGGACUGCCCAUAUUGUCACCGUCCAAUUCGAGAACCCUCCCAGGAUGUAUCUCGAGAUUCCAGCCGUGGGUCACGUCCCACGGCCAAGCCUGGUUUUGUGAACCCUGAAUACUUUCGCAUGCUAGAUUCUAGCUUACCCAGCUCCCCCGGCUCAACCCAUCCCGCUUCUCCUCGUCGACGAUUGGUUCAACCGGGACAGUCCGAAGCUUUUUCUUCCGGGACUGAUUAUGGAGCUGCUCCCUCAUUUGCCAAUAAAAUAUCGUCUACGGCCUUCAGUCCGAAUUAUUUCGAGCGAUUCUUUGUUGAAGAGCGAGAGCUUGGGAGAGGUGGCAAAGGAGUUGUUUUGCUGGUCAAACAUGUCCUGGAUGGCGUGCCGUUGGGACAUUAUGCUUGUAAACGUGUCCCAGUUGGCGAUGAUCACGAGUGGUUAAAAAAGGUUUUAGUUGAGGUACAAUUACUUCAACAUCUGUCACACCAGAAUUUGGUCUCGUACCGGCACGUAUGGCUUGAGGACGUGAAACUUAGCAAUUUCGGGCCCAGCGUUCCUUGUGCCUUUAUUUUGCAACAAUACUGCAAUGCAGGAGAUCUUCAUCAGUACAUAUGCGGCCCAAGUCAGCCCACUGCCACAGCCCAGCAACUGAAGGAACGGCUCCGACGAAAAUCAAGAGGCCAGCCCGAACCUCCUACGGACUCAGCAGGUCACCGAAAGCUCCAGUUUGAUGCAAUCUACUCACUCUUCAAGGAUAUUACAUCAGGUCUACGUUUCCUACACAGCAAUGGUUUUGUCCACCGUGAUCUUAAGCCUAACAACUGCCUCCUGCAUGAAACUGGACAGGAGCUUAGAGCCCUUGUUAGUGAUUUUGGUGAAGUACAAUAUGAGUAUGCUGUUCGGAGUUCCACAGGGAAUACAGGGACCAUUUCCUAUUGUGCUCCUGAGGUGCUACGACGAGUCAGUCCCAAUGGUCCAUUCGUCAACUUCACAUUCAAGUCUGACAUUUUUUCCCUUGGCAUGAUUCUAUACUUUCUCUGCUUUGCGCAGUUACCAUAUCGUAAUGCCGAUCUCAUCGAUGAAGAUCGAGAAGAUCUUGAUCAACUACGUGCAGAGAUUACCAAAUGGACAGGCUUUGAUGACGGGCGUCGCCUGAGACCGGACUUACCCGAGAAACUGUACACGUUUCUUAAAAGGCUUUUGUCUGUUGAUCCGGAAAAGCGACCCACAGCCGAUGAAGUCCUUAGCGGGAUCCAAGCAGGCGUAGCUGGUGCUAAUACUGAAGGGCGUCGCUUCCAGAGUCAUAGGAAUAAUGGAACGUCCGCUGCUGACAUGCGUUCAGGCCCUCGUGUUCUUCCCGUGGAUCCUUCCCUGCCUCCGAAGGCGCGUGUCCCAAAGAGCCCCAUUCGACGAGUAUCUACAAAUGCGUCAAGGUUUCCCGGUAGCAUCCCUGCACUCCAACCAGCUGCCUAUCAGUCAGACGGCCCAGAGUCUGCUAGACUUGAGCCCGGCAUGCCAACGGAUCGGCAACGAUCUCAGAGGGUGGAUCAUGACCUAGUUCUAAGGACUUCGGCCCUAUCCCCAAACCGUCAUGCUAGUCAGCCACCACAUACAAGUAACCGAAAUAGUGUCAAAAAUGCUAACAAUGCGCGUGCCUCAUCGAACCACCUCCUCCUUCCUCCUCCCACCCCGCCAUCCCAGCUACCCUUCCUCGUUCCCUUCAGCGGAAAUGAUGCCGUAGCAAACAUCAUUCGGUUCUCCCUACUUGUUGCUAAGGUCCUAUCGAUUACCCAACCAUGCUCGCCGCUGGCUGUUCGCACGUGGAUCUUAUACCCACUUCUUUUCCUCGCAGCCCUGGAUUUUGCUGUCAAGAAGAUGUGGGUUCAUGUUAUUGCAUUCAUUUUUCAUGUUGCUGUAGUGGCCUUUGCGAUAAGGUCUAAUUCGCUCUGCGUCUGGAUACCUGAGAUGGCACGGACGGUUUACGGAAUAUGA